UCUACUAGUAGGUGCCUCUUUUGCAAGACCUUUCAAGCCGAUGUCACCACUAUGACUCAGUUUGAGGAGGUUCUGGACAAAGUGAGGCUGGUUCUGACCAUGUCCUCUCCCGCUGAGGUCCAGGAUCUACUGGGGGCUUUGGUGGAGGAGGGGAUCAUCUCAGAAGCCUACAGCAAGAGCCUGAGUCUGCAUCGACUUACUGAUGGGAUCGCAGCAGAUUCAGCAUGUACACCGGGAUGUGAUUUUCAGGGACCCAACUCCUACCUUCACCUCAACCAAGAAGAUCACAGCCUAGUGAGUAAAUGUGGGUCCACAUUUGAGACGGUUUUGUCAAUGGAUGAACAGAACAGCACAGAAUACAAUCCACAAAUUAAUCACCUACAUGAAUAUCAAAUUAUUCACAGCAAUAUUCAGGAAUUGAUGGACAAGCACUACCUCAAUCAAACGCUGCUUUCUACAACAGCAAUAUCUGACUACAACUGCACCCUCACAUUGAGUGAUGAAGAAGCAGAACUGCUAAGAAGUGCAGAACUAAUGCAGAAGCCUGAAAGUGAUAAUGAAAGAAUACUUGAGGGGAUUUUGGAGGAUGGGGAGGAGUGGUUAGGGCAGGUAGACGAGGCAGCUCGGAGAAUAGCUGUCCCUCUGUGGCAGCACUGGGACAGAGGAGGGAGGAUGUUAUCAGCCCUGGUUCCUUGUAUAACUGGCUGUUCAACAAGUGAAAACAAGUCAACAGAGAGCGCAGCACAAUGCUUUGCCUCGGAUAUGGACGGGGAAACGGAGCUUGCAGCUGCUCUGAGGGCAAUUGACGAGUGCGCUGGGACGUUUCCAGACGGCUUCCCACUGGAUGCAGAGGGAGCUUCUGUCGCACCACAAGGCCUUCAUUUCUCUCAACUCAGCAACUGGGAAACUUCUGAUGAUUCUGAUAUAUUUGGAGCAGCAGGAAGCUCCUCAUCUGUUAAGGCCUGUGCAGCAACAGACGCAAACAACAACAUCACAGACAAGCUGGAAGGCCACCUGGAUGCUUACUGGUCAGCUGAGAGGGCCACCAACGCAGCAGAUGACCUGUUUUCUUUGACUGAAGACGCACAAUACAAUGCAAAUUCUGGCCUCACACAAGACACUUCUACACAUUUUCUCUCUUCAUGCACACCUGAAGAAACUCAAACUAUCAGGCAAGAUUACUCACUUUAUUUAAACACAGAUUGCUGCAUGGCAGUAGGGGUGACAGAUGAGCUUGAAAAUGCUUCCACGACUGGAUUUGGUGCAACAACGUGCAGUGGAGAUGGAAUUACAGACAUCCAUGAGAAGAUGGAUUCACACUGGGAUGCCAGGAUGCAGGAAGUAGAUCACUUCCCCUUUAACCCCUCUGAAUUUGGAGAUCUACCAGAUGAUUUAACUGAAUAUCUGAAUAUUGACUUCCUCGAUACGGAAAAGCUUUUUGAUGAUCCUUGGUUGAACUGUGCGGAUGACUACUGCAGUGACAUUCAGAAGGCGGCCGAGGUGCCUAGCCAGGAAAGCCAACCGCAGAGAAACCAACAAACAGACAAACAAACCAAAAACAGCAGAAAGAGAAAGAGAGUUCCCCAGCCACUGUGCACCACUGAAAACACCAAAAGAAAAAGGCCGAAAGUAGCAGGUCAACCAAAAACCAAAGAGGUACAGGCUGAGCCGACAUCUGUCAUUCCAGAAACCGAUGUGGGAUCAGCGCCAAAUCCAACAGAUUCUUUAAGUGGCCUCUCCACCACUCCACCACCAAGAAUCGUCCAUCUCUAUCCCUCCAAUUCAGCGCCUCCCUUCCCCAUUCAGAUCAUCACCAUCCCAGACGCUGCAGGCUAUCAGGUGGUCCAGCUGUCUCCUCCUCCUCCUGUUAUUAGGCUUCCACUCUCCAACACGGCUACUGCACCUACAUACAUAUUUGUUCCUGCUACCUCACCACCAUGCAAACGUCGGCUGCCACCACUCUCUCCAGUGGGUGGUGCAGUGGCACCAGUCCAAAUGAGUUCAUCCCCGAUAGGUUCUCUGUCAGACAGUGCUAGCAAAGCCAUGUGUCCUCCCUGUGCAUCACCUCUUUCCCCCAGUACUGAGAUGUCCCAGUGUAAGGAAUCGCCUCCUCCUCAGUCUCCCACUGUCCCUGAUAUUCCACAAGGCGUAAAUGACUACAUUCAGGAAGCCAAAGCCCACAUGAGUCAAGUCUGCCAGGAUAUGGAAACGGGUAUCAGCCUGACCUCGCAUUACGUAGAUGUACAAGUGAGCCAAAGAGAGGUUCUUCGUUCUGGCAAAAACACAAACAAGUGCCUGGAAAAGGAGCUGGUUAUCAUGGGAGAUACAGAUCGGCAAAAAAGCUUGCUGGGACAGAGUCAGAUCUUUGGAGGCUCAAAUGACAAAGCCAAACGCUACAUUUUGCUACUUGGCAACGCUGGCAUGGGAAAAACUACUCUGAUUAAGAAGCUGUGUCUUGACUGGUCCAAAGACUGUAUCCCGCAGUUUGAUUUUGUCUUCUUAUUGGACGGCAAACAACUCUCUUUAACGGAGCCCACCUUCAGCCUUCAGACACUCCUACUCAACCUGUCCUCCUAUGCUCCUUCCUGCAUGGACCCAGAGGCAGUGUUCGCUCAAAUCCUUGCAGCCCCUAAACGUGUCCUCAUCAUUUUUGACGGGUUUAAUGAGUUGCGAGACUAUGAAAUGCUACUCCAGACUCAAGAAAAAGACUUGGUGACAUCCCUGCUGAAAGAUAAUAAGGCACAGACCUUCACAGUAAAGCAGUUAUACUCUGCCAUCCUUCAGAGGGUUCUCCUUCCAGGCUGCACUCUUCUACUCUCCACCCGCCCCAGAGGCUCUGGCCUCCAGGUACUUCGGCGCACAGACAGUCUCCUGGAGAUGUGUGGCUUCACUUCAACAAAUGUAGAGACAUAUCUGACCCAGUACUUCACUGAUCCUGCCCUCAGAACAUCUGCUCUGGACUGUUUGAAAAGCAGCAGCUACCUCCAUCUCCUGUGCUGGAACCCUGGUCUGUGUCGGCUGAUGUGCUUGGUUUUGGAACAGUGUGCAAGUUUGGAGGUCCUACCAAGAACUUUAACUGGGCUCUGUCAUCAAGUGCUUUGUCUGAAAAUGGAAAAAGAGAGGAAGAACCCAUGUGCUGAAGCUCAAACACAAACACCAGAGCAACCCGUACAAGAUGAGACCCAAAUCUUAAAUAGCUGUCAAGUGAAGAAGUGUGACGGAAGCAAUCAGAAAAAGUCCAGAAAACAGCAGCACACUUCCUCUGGCAGCCGAAGAUCAAUGAGGACAAAAAAGACCCAGGUAGACGAAAUGGAUGAGGAGAUGAAGAAUGAUGUUGAGGGAGUAGAUAGAACACAAGAAGGAGAGUUGCUGUCCCAGCUGAGUUCUUUGGCCUGGGAAGGGGUCAAAUCAAACUCUUCCAUCCUUCCAACAGGACGAGCUGUGCCCAGUAAACUCAAGGCAUUUGGCCUUAGGAUGGGACUCGUUCUCUCGCAUCACCUCAAGAAAAGGCCAUUAGUCUCAAAUGGUGAGAAUGAGGGAGGAGGAAGAGGAGACAAACAUGAGAUGGGAGAAGUAAAGGAAAACAGUGGGAGGACAGACACUGAUGUUGAUGAUGACCUCAUUCUGUUGUGGGCGAACCCUUUUCUUCAGAGUUACAUGGCAGCGGUCCAUUUGUCUUUGUCAAGAACUGUGACAGAGCGGACCUUUCUCCAGACCCUCCCUUUCCAGUCAGGUGGUAAGGGCCGGCGGCGGCCUCAAAGGGAGGAGCUCGAGCUCACUCAGCGAUUUGUCGUCGGCCUCCUGUUCCACAACAGGACAGAACUGCAGAAGCUUCACUUACACUCAGAGAGAACCCUCAAAGAUGUGGUGGUCACCAAGCAGGCUUCAGUAAUGAAACACCUGGAAGGUCUCUCCUACAGUGACCUGAGCUCCUCCCAGGUUCUAGAGGCCUGCCAUUGUGUUUAUGAAGCAAGUCACACGAGUGAUGAAAGUAGCAGAAACACUGGCAACACACGACUGUUGACUCACCUGGCAGUGAAUCUUCCGGAGUUCUUGACAUUUCAGGGAGUUCCACUUAGUCCGCCAGAUGUGUUCACGGUACAAAACGCUGUUAAACGAGGUGGAACUGAAGGUAGAAGCUUCUGUUUGGAUCUGGAGGACUCUGGGAUACAGAUCUGUGGACUCAGAGCUCUGGUGGGCCUCAACAACAUCAACACAUACAGAGCAUGCAUUGCUGACGUCGUUGCCCUCUGGGAGCAGCUGGAGCAGGCUGGUGAAACGGAGCUCCUACAAGGCGCAGUGUCCACGUUUAAGAUCCAUCCUCUGAAAGCCACACAGGUGUGUCACAUUGAGCACCUGGAAAAGCUGGUGAAGAUACACGUGCAGAAGAGGCUCUCAGACAGUUCCAGCCAAUCAGAGUCUAUCCUGGCAGAGGGGGUGCCUGCCGUCAAAGAGCUGCACAAGCUGGAAUUUGAGCUCGGUCCAGAGAGGGGUCCCCUGGCUCUUCCUAAGCUAUGGGAGCUCCUGCCAGGGCUACCCAACCUACAGCACUUGGAUCUAGAGGACUGUAAGAUCGGGGACAAAGAAGCAGAGAACCUGGCUAAUGCAUUAGCUUCCCUCUGUUCCCUGGAGAAACUAAAUCUGUCACAGAACUGCGUAGGAGACCAAGGCGUCAAGAAACUGACAGCCACACUGAAGGAUCUGCCCAAACUGCACUGUUUAAGUCUUUACAGCAAUGUGAUUUCUGAUGAAGGGGCAGAGAGUUUAGCAGCUGCCCUCCCACACAUGGCCUCCCUCACUGAUCUUGAUGUGAGUUACAACAAGCUAACAGAUGCUGGAGUGGAGAGUUUGGGAGCCAGUUUGAGAAACUGCAAUGAAAUGAAGACUUUGAGGAUGUGGAACCAGUGUAUUCCAUACGGAGUUUAUGAGAGGCUUCAGCAUCAGGACAGUCGGAUUAAAUUGAAUUAGAAUACCAUAAAACCUCUUUUCUGCAUGCUUAUGAACUUAUUUUAGCAUGUAUCCCAAGCAUACUGGAUGCGUUUACACCACACAAUGCAUUUUCCAAAACAUGUAUGCAUAUGAGAAACUGACAAUCAGGGAGUAUUAAGAUUGCACUACAACAAAAAAAAGCUUAUUUGCAGCUUUAUCUGUUUCUGAGACUGUAAUUGAUACAUGUGCAGCAAACUAUAUUUCAUCUAUGCCUAGGUGUGUGGGGGCACUUUGUACAAAUUCAAUCAGCAAAUUUGCACCAUUUGUUUAAUGUUUAAGCACAAUCUGUUCCUGUUGUACAUAGAUAUCUGUUAUUACCUGAAAGGUCCUUUAUUCUGUAUUCAAAUUCUUUGGAACAAAAACAGUAUUUUUUGUUUGCACUUUCUGUGUCUGUAAACUACAUAUGUUUGUCUAUUUUCUUGAGUUCAUCAGUUUAAUAAAAACUCCAUUUCACUUC